GAACCACUUUGAAAUGCGAAAUUUUUUCGAUCGGAUAAAGUAGAAGCGGACAAGGUGAAUUUCCGGGAAUUUGCGGGCGGACUACUCUGAAUGGAGCCUGUCCUCGCGUGACUGAAACUCCGUUGGCCACGCCUACAGGCACGGGAAAACGUGGAAAGCGAGUGAAAAUCACAACAAACGCCAGCACCUGGGGCCCCUGGAUCUGGAACUGAGCGCGCGAUCGCUGGAUCCCGCGGCUAAUUGGAUUGGGACAACGCACAUUUUGGACACCAUCUUCCGCCCGAACCCGAGUCCCAAAGCCAGCUUAAUUGGCUUAGGCGGCGGUUGUCGAUGUUGGCCUCUGUCGUGUGAAAUGGGUGUGGGCUACUACACCGAAGGGAACAAGAUCAAGAGCAGCAGCUCAGCACGUUAGUCAGAUUGAAGAAGCUUCUCCCAGACCCCGAGGUCCUUCGAAAAGCAGCCGGCGAUGAGUCAAGUGGCGGCCACAGUGGAGCCUCUGGCCGCUGUCAAGCCGAAGUCGAUGCGUUCCCGGAAGCGCAGGCAGCGCCGGAGACGACAGAUAGCCUACCUGGCCAUUUGCGGACUGAGUGUGGCCAUCUUUGGCUUCGCCCUGGCCACGCUUAUCCGGCCAGCAACCGCCCAGAACGAUGAUGAUGUGCCCGGCAACUGGCGCAAGGGAUAUGUGGGCCAUGGCACCACGCACGAGCAGCUCGGCCAGCCCCACUGGCCACCCGUGGAGUACACCAUGUACAGGCCGACGACCAACUACACCAAGGAACCACCGCCGCCCACGUCGGCCAUGAACUCCAUUUUCAAUUUUACACACUUUCUGUAUGACAAGGUCCUGUACAGGGAUGAGCCUAUACCAGAAGGCUACAUUGUGGUGAGGAACGCGGACACACUGACCCUGGGCCCCAAGGUGGAGGAGAAUGACUGGCGGGAUCUGUUGGCCCACUAUUGGAUGGUUCUCAUCUGGGUUUUUAUUCUGGUGGUGCUCAUUAUUAUCAUACCGUUUAUUGCCGUUUGCUAUUGCUGCUUCUGUUGCUGCAGAAGAUGUCGACAGGGCUGUCCUCCUUGUACCAGUAAGCAGGAUGCCCAGCGGCGCUUUUGCUGCGGCAUCUGUCUGCUGAUCCUCAUCAUUGGACUGAUCUUUGGCAUCAUUAUCGCCUUUGUGACCAACAAAAUGAUUGACAGCGGGUUCUCCGAGACCUCUGAAACAAUGAAGCGCGGCAGCGAGGACACCUGCACCUAUCUGAAGGAUGUGGCCGACCACGUUUACCAUCUGAUGAUGUACAACUACGAGGAGAUGGAGACCCAUGUGCUAGAUCAACUAACCCAUGCCCAUAGGCACAUAUUUUUGGAUCUCUCCGACACAUCGGAGAGUAAUUCACUAGCCGAGAUGGAGAGGGUGUUGGAGAACAUGCCCGAGGCUCUGGAGCUGAUGAGACAAGUGGACAAGAUGGAGAAGGACCUGCGGUUCUAUGGCUCACAGUUAAGAGAUGGUGUGCGUGGCAUCAAGCGAGAUAUCAACUUUGCCGUGGCCAAUCUCUGUCAACUCCAGAUGUGUCAGAAGUUCCUGAUCAGCAGCAAUAUCGAGCACAUUGACACCUCUCAGUGUCUGCACUUCGACGGGCUACCAAACACUACAGCCUUUAUUGCUGGAAUGGAGGAUAUAAUUGAACGGAAAGUUUAUGUUAUACCGCAACGAGGACUUGCGCGUCUGAAGAAAGUGAGCGACAAGGUGAAGACGCAGAUGUCCUUCGUUGUGCCGCCCAUGAUGCGGGACUUGACCAAGGGCAGGACCGUCUUCCGCGAACAUGCCACAAAUGUGCGUAACAUUGUGGAGGGAGUCCUGAGUGACAUCCACAUAAAGACGCUGCAUUCGACAAAGUCGUUUGAGGAUGUCUACGAGCGUUUUGGUCACGAUAGGAACGUUGUCAGUUUGAUUGUAUGCUUGCUGAUUCUUCUGGUACUUUUUAUACUGAUCUUUGCUCUGUUGUGUGGCUGCUUUGGGCGACGACGCACUGGAUACGGCGAUGAGUGCUGCAGCAAGUCCACCGGCGCCACUUGCCUUCUUCUAGCCAUCCUGUUGAUAUUCUGUGUUUUCUCGUUCAUCGCUUUGGUUGGGCUGUUCUACUUUAUGCUGGGCAUGGUGACCUACCAGGGUGCCUGUGCUCCGCUGAGGGACCAGGAGAACAACACCCUCUUCCGACAGCUGGAUGCUAAGAUUGAUUUGCAUCACUUCUUGCCAAAGGGCGAGGCCUCCAAGGACGUGUCGGAGCCGCUGAAAAUGUCGAGUGCCAUCAAGGCCUGCCAUGCCAACCAGACCAUAUUUGAGAUGUUGCGCCAGAACAACAUAUACGACAUCAACGACCUGGCGCGCAUCAAGGUUAUGACCCACUCAGCCGACGAUCCGGAUACUGUCAAGGUCUUCGAUGAGGAUCUGUCCACUGUGAUACUGCUGACGAACGAAGAGCGCGAGGACUUGAACCAAGCCCGCGAAAAUACUCUUUCCAAGUACCACAGCUCCUUGUACAUGCCCAGUCUGUGCACCCAGUUCACGCCGAUGAACCUAAACGCCCUUUCCGAGCAGCUGUACAAGCUGUCCAACGAUCUUGAGUACCCCGCCUACGGCUGGGCCAAGGUGUCCUUCUGGAACGAGGGCCUCAACACGAAGGCCUUCUAUCGCAACUUUGUGCCAAAGCUCACCAGCCUGGUGGAGAAGAUGAGGGCCAAUCUGAAGAAGAUCGACGAGCUGAUCUCGUACGAGAACCACGACUUUACCAACACCAUCAAGAUUUUGACUGCCACGGCAAUCAGCUCUGAGGAGUUCAUCCAGAAACGCGGCAAGGAGUACAUCAAUAGCCUAGGAGGCAACUUGACAAAGACCAUUGACCAGAUGAUAGAGGACUACAUCGAUAUGAUUAUAAAGGAGGCCAACGAAAGUGUGGGACACUGUGCGCCCCUAUCGUAUAUAUACUAUCGUGGAGUCGACUUGAUCUGUCACCGUAUCGUCGAUCCCAUUAAUGGCUUCUGGGUGGGCAUAUUGCUGUGCGCCCUGCUCUUCCUGCCCAUCCUGUUCGUGGCCCACCGCCUGAUGUGCCUGUACAAGAAGAUCUAUCCGUAUUUGGCCACCGUUGGAGCUGCCGGCGUUGUCGAGGGCGGCAGCGACUAUCUGUACGACGCUUAUAGUGAGCGCGAGCGCGAACAUGUACCAUUGGCUAAUGUGCCCAAGAAGCGGCGCAAGGCCUACGAGCGGCGCCGGGAGCAGCAGGAUUACUACGAGGACGCCUCCCCCAGCGUCUCCCGUGGCAACCGGUCUGGCGGAGAUCGCGGAGCCGGCGGCGGGGACGGAGCCCCGGGCAGCAGCAGCAUGCGUUACAACGAUAUGGCGCCGACGCACUGGGACCACGAGCCACCACGAUACCACAAUCCUCCAGCCGCGCCGCCAUCCUCGGAGUACGAACGUCCGCCGCCCUACUACUAUCCCGGUGCCUCCGAGCAGGAUUAGACGGACGCACUGGCUCGGGAUGCGCCGUUCGAGAGGUGGCAACAUGGAUGAUUUUAUUUUCAACCCCUAACGCCCACUGCCUCCGUUUUCCCCCAUAUUAGUAUACCCCCUACUGAGACUGUACUUUUAGUUAAAAGCGUAAACAAAAGGAUAACUGAAAUUAUAUAAUUUAAUUAAGUAGUAUUGUAGCAUCAGGUGUGUUAUCACUUUGGCCCGGCCAGGAGAUCUGCCAGCUGGAGAGGAACCCCCAUUCAUAGUUAUUAUUAAGUGCGGGCCAAAGCAGGAGGGCAAAUACGAAAAUUCUCAAAUACCCACUUAUGAUUACUUUACAAAAACGAAACAAAACAAAAAAUGUUGCCAAAAGACGAGCACGAUGAAUCGGAAGUAUCCGGCGGGACGCGUGCCCAGCCGGAGUAUUUAAUGAACUCUGGAGUCUGGAGACUCCGGGCUAGAUGGCCGAGCGGCAGGCGUAGGAUCUGAUGAGUCCCUUGAAGAAGUUGGCCAUUCGCCGGGCCGCACGGCCGCAGAAGCUUUAAGGAAUCUCAUAAUUUUAUUAUGCACACACUCAGAGCAGGCGAGACAUACCCAAAAAAGAUAAAUAAAACACAAUAUCUAGCAAGCAACUACAUAAAUAAUAACCGAUCAAACACUUUAUGGAAUCUGUAAACUUCCAGGAAAUCAAAAGUCGCGGAAAGCAAAAUACGAUCAAUACCAAAACUGCCAUUUUAAUUUAGAAAAGAGCAGAACACGAUAGUUGGGAGUUGUUCAAUGCAUUUAAUGUAUUUAAUUUAGAAACAAUACGAACACUACACACUUCCUUAAGAACCGACAAAUUGUGCACUCGGACCCAAACAUACCAAUUAAAUAAAACAAAUUCCCCAAACAGCUACAGAUUCGGGUUACGAAUUCUUGAGUGUAAUACGUAUUUUAACACGUUGUCAUAGUUUAGUAAGUGAAAACCAAAAGCAAAACGCAACCCUAAAGCAUUUAAACGUUUCCAAUUGUAUUGUCUAGGAUCUUAAGGGCAAGCUGUAAGUUUCCGACAAGAAAUACCUAUAAACAACAUACACCAUACACAAAUAAACCGACACGCGAGCAUAUUGUACGGAUUACACAAUUACAUAAUUUUAGUAUUAUUAUACAAGUAAGAAUGUGUGUUGUAUUUUACAUUUGACGUACAUUAAAUGAUUUCCGCUUAAGUCAA